AUCGAACAUCUUUCAAUCAAAUCGAACAUCAUCACUACGAUAUAGUUUCAUACUUCAAAAAAAAACUAUUCAAUAAAAAAAUGGCAGCUGGCAACAUCUACAUUUUCGCUUUCUUUACAGCGCUGGUAGCUGUAAACUUAAUUUUUGCCGAAGAGAGUGCUUUAGAACAGGGAUCAGAGUUCUUUGACCAGGUAGAUGUUGGUGCUGAAGCUGAACGUGAAGCGAGGUCUCCGAACGAAGAGGGCGACAGACCUCAAGAGAGAAUGUUCUUCAACCUAUUUCCUAUAACGACCAGCUGCAACUAUACCACACAAGCCGGAUCCACUUGCACCAGCUGUACCCAGGCACUCCGCUGUCUUGCUAACGGUGUGGGCAUUGUACGUAACUGCCGUGGAUUCCUUCCUUACUGUAACGGUGGAAGAUGCUCAUUCAUUCCCGGCUCCAAUUGCACCUCCGGUUAAACCAAUUAUACAAACAUAUCGUUAAACAGAUCAAUACAUCGCAAUGAAAAAAAGUAAAAUAAUUAAAAUGUAAUCAGAAUCAUAAAAUUAUUUGAAAUAAAUAUUUAUUAGCGUC